AUGGCGCAGGAAACGGCGUAUGUUCCUACGAGGCUCUCCCAUGUCAUGAAUGCUUUUUAUCCCCCGAACUGCGACUCCACCAAAUUAUAUGACUCCCUUAAUAGACUCAGAGAAGUUGGAAUCAUAGACGAUGUCAAUUUCACAGGAUGUCUGCCGCAGUGUGGCAUCUGUGAUCAUCCCUUGAUUAUUGGUUCAUUUGGACUCAUUGGGAAUGGACUUUCAGCUUUUGUCUACAGCCGGCCCGAGAUGCGAAGUUCAACCAACCUUUAUCUAUGUGCUCUUGGAUGCUCAGAUAACGCCGUCAUUCUAACAGGAAUAUUCCUUUUUUUUCUCGACAGCGUGAGAAAGUUUUCACUGAACGUGACACGCUUAUUUGGCCUGUUUUCUCCUAUUGUAUUUCCAAUGGGAAUGACGGCACAAACUUGUUCGGUAUAUUUCACCAUUUUUGCUGGAACGGAUUGUUUUGCUCAGGUUUGUCUUCCUGACAAGGUGAAAAGGACUAUGGCCCAAGCAAAGUUUAUACGAUGUUGCAUUACUUUUGUACUGAUCUUUUCCAUUUUGUACAAUAUCCCACACUGUUUCGAAGCAGUAGUUAUUGACUGUUUCCACGAAACCCUUGGUGGAUCAUCGUGGGAAGUUUGUCCAGAAACAAUGAGAUAUAACGAGAUGUAUCAGAAUGUUUACUACAAAUAUAUGUAUGCUGUAUUUUUAGCAAUUGGCCCUCUUAUAAUCCUUGUUGUUUUAAACACGUUUAUAAUAGACCAUGUCGCUGCCCAACACCAUCUGCUCGUUAUGGACUUGAAAAUCUCCCGUCCAAGGAAGAGAAAUCCAAGGACUGAAACACAGCGCAUCAAAUGGUGGAAUCUGAAGGAUCGAAAGGAACGUUAUACGCUUGACCGCGGAAAACACUCUGGGAAAGACGACUCUAGGCGCUACAAGGCUGUGUACGACAUGCUUGAUACCAGAGAAGGCGAGCAGGCAGUGUAUCGUUUAGUCAGAGUGCCUCAUCGCUCAACGUUGGAUAUGGAGCACACCAAGAUCGUUAAGGGAGCUGGUGGAGCCGUUCUGCGCCGCUCUGGUCAGAUCCUGAAGAGGUGGCGAGAGUACUACAAUCACUUGUGUAACGAAGAGUUCUGUCAUCCUCCCAUCCCAACCUUUCCCAGUGUCGAGGGUCCUGUUCUACCAAUUACUGCCGCCGAAGUCAGUGCUGCCCUCGCAAAAAUGAAGUCGAACAAGGCAACCGGUCCUGAUGACAUACUUGCUGAUAUCUGGAAACUGCUAGGAGAUCGAGGGUCCAUGUGGCUCGCAACUCUAUUUAACAAGAUCGUUGCAGAAGGACGGACUCCAGACGUUUGGCAAACUUCCGUGACCGUGCCUGUUUGGAAAGGGAAAGGAGACAUUGCUGACUGCACCUCGUACAGGCCUAUACGACUGCUGCGCCAUACGAUGAAGGUUUUUGAGCGUGUCCUGGAAGCUCGUCUGAGGAAAAUUGUUAGCGUUUCACUCAACCAGUGCGGCUUUGUGAAGGACUGCAGCACUAUAGAUGCUAUCCAUGCUGUCCGAAUCCUCCUGGAGAAACAUCGAGAGAAGAACCGCAGUGUGCAUCUUGCUUUUCUCGAUCUCGAGAAAGCUUUCGACCGUGUUCCACAUGAGCUGCCAUGGAUGUCCAUGAGGUCGCAUAGAGUACCAGAUGAAUAUGUGCGGUGGACGAAGCCUACCAGCGUUGUACGAUGUGCUGCUGGAACAAGCAGGCCAUUCCCUGUACAUGUAGCGGUUCAUCAGGGUUCAUCCCUCUCACCUCUGCUGUUCAUACUGUGCAUGGACACGAUAACGAAGAAAAUCCAGAAACAGCAUUCGUGGACUCUACUCUUUGCCGACGAAGUCGUCGGAGUCUGUCUCGCGUCGGAGUCUCGAGAUGAUCUUCAGAAACAAGUGCAGUCUUGGAAGGAUCAGCUGCAGCAAUAUGGAUUGCGCCUCAACACAUCAAAAACUGAGUACAUGGAGUGCGGACCAAGGAUAGAGGAUGGUUCAAUUCGUGUCGAUGGCACCGAAUUAAACAAGGUGAACUGUUUCAAGUACCUUGGAUACAAAGUGACUUCCACAGGCGACACUGAUCAAGAAGGUGGAGCACGUGUUAAUGCUGCAUGGAUGAAAUGGAAAAUGGCAACAGGGGUACUGUGCGACAAGAAAGUCCCUGUUCGACUGGAGUCGAAGAUCUACAGGACGGUUGUGCGUCUUGUUGCCCUCUACGGAUGCGAGUGCUUGCUGACAACGAAAGCCUUGGAAAGAGUGCUGCACGCUAUGGAGAUGCGGAUGUUGAGGUGGACGAUAGGUGUAACGCUAAAAGAGAAAGUAUCCAACGACACUGUACGUUCCAUCUUCGGCGUCGUCCCGAUAACUGAGAAGAUGAAGGAGGCGCGACUGAGAUGGUUUGGUCACGUCUUGUGGCGGGAGGAAGAUUCUGUUGCCAAAACCGCUCUGAAGCUCGACGUUUCAGGAGUGAGGCCGCGUGGGAGGCCAAAGAUUCGCUGGUUAGAUCGUGUGAAGCUGGAUAUGAUAGAUGCACGUUUGUGUACGGCUGAUGCAAUGGAUAGAACCAAAUGGAAGACAAGAAGCAGAAAAGCGGACCUUGCAACAACGCGGGACAAACGCUAG